AUGGCUGCGCUGGAGUCCGGGCAGGUGCCCGAGGCUCUCCAGGAGGUCACCGUCACGGCCACCGAGACGCCCCGGCCGCUCUCCAGCCACCCCCCCGCCCUCCCAGCAGGCUUCCCCGCGUAUAACCCCGACCUGCUCGCUCGGCUGGAGCACGGGGAGGAGGUUUGGAUCCCCGACAUCCAGAGCUCGGAGGAGGAGGAACAACCGGCGAGACCCCUCUUGAGGUUGCGGACGAGGAGAAGGAAGCGGUGGAGAAGCUGCCGAGGUGCCGGGAGCUCCUCCGGCUCCAACUCCUCUCGCUCAGCAGACGAUGGGUGGUCGAGCGAGACGGAGGAGGACACUUCCCAGGAUGAAGACGGAGAGCUGGGCGGCGGGUCGGCGACGAAACACAGAGGCGGCCUCUCCCUGGGCUACGACCACCCCAAGAACCACUCGGGAAGGAGAUCGGCGUCUUCCAGCCACAGCAGGAGGAAGCCCAACGCCAAGAACCCCUCGGGAACGCGGCUGGGGCAUCCUAAACACGCCUGCGGCAAGUGUGGGAAGAGCUUCAGCAGCGGCUCGUCCCUCAGCCGGCACCAGAGGGUCCACGUCGGGGAGAAGCCCUUCACCUGCUCCACCUGCAGGAGAAGCUUCACGUGCAGCUCCACCCUCCAGGACCACCAGAAGAGCCGCUGCCGGCGGAAACCCUACAAGUGCCCCAGCUGCGAGAAGCGUUUCGCUUCCACCAAGUCUCUCAAGAAACACCGCAAGCUCCACCUGGAGAACGGGGCCUACCGGUGCUCCGACUGCGGGAAGAACCUCACCUCCAACUCAACGCUCAUCAUCCACCGGAGGAUCCACACCGGGGAGAGGCCCUACGAGUGCCCCGACUGCGGGAAAUGCUUCAUGGCCAACAAGUCCCUCAACAAGCAUCGGAAGAGCCACACGGAAGGCGCGAUCUUCGUCUGCCCGGACUGCGGGAAAAAACUCACUUCCAACUCAACUCUUAUCAUCCACCGGAGGAUCCACACCGGGGAGAGGCCCUACGAGUGCCCCGACUGCGGGAAAAGCUUCAUGGCCAACAAAUCGCUCAGCAAGCAUCGCAAGAUUCACCUGGAGGAGGGGAGCUAUAAAUGUCCCGAAUGCGGGGAAACCUUCCCCAAAAACACAGACUUCAUAGCCCACCUGAGGACCCACAGGGGCCAGGCUCCCUACCCGUGCUCCGACUGCGGGGAGGCCUUCUUCGAGAGCUCGUCUUUCAGGUGCCACCGGAAAAAACACUUGGUAGAGAAACCCUACCAGUGCUCCAGCUGCGGGCUGGGCUUCACCAACCACUCGUCCCUCCUCCUCCACCAGAAGAGCCACAUAGGACCCAGGCCCUACGUCUGCUCCGACUGCGGGAAGGCUUUUCGGGAGAGCACCACCCUCCGUCGGCACCAACGUAUCCAUACGGGAGAGAAGCCUUACCAGUGCUCGUACUGCGAGAAGAGCUUCGGGGCCAGCUCCACCCUCAUCAUCCACCAGAGGAUCCACACCGGGGAGAAACCCUACAAGUGCGACGCGUGUGGCCGGAGCUUCGGGCAGAGCUCCAACCUCGCCGUCCACCGGCGGAUCCACACCGGCGAGAAGCCGUACCGGUGCCCCCAGUGUGGGAAGGGCUUCAGGCAGAGCUCCAACCUCCUGGUCCACCAGAAAACCCACACGGGAGAGAAGUUCUACGAGUGCCCCAAGUGCCAGAAGAGCUUCCCGGAUCGGGCGUUGCUCCUCGGGCACGGGGGGGUCCACGCUGGAGAAAAACCUUUCGAAUGCCAGCAGUGCGGGAGGGGCUUCACGCACCGGGCGAGGCUCCUGGUCCAUGAGAAGGUGCGCGUUGGAGGAGAGCUCCACGCGUGUCCCGAGUGUGGGAGAUGCUUCGGGGAGAAACCCAAGUUCCUCCGGCGGCGGCGGCGGCACGGCGGGGAACGUCGCUGCAAGUGCUACGAGUGCGGGGAGGAGUUUGGGCAGAGCUCGGCCCUCAACCUCCACCAGAAGGUCCACGUGGAGGAGAAGCUCUACCAGUGCUCGACGUGCGAGAAGUGCUUCAAGGACCGGUCCACGCUCAUCAGGCACGAGAGGGUGCACACGGGGGAGAAGCCCUACAAGUGCCACGAGUGCGGGAAGAGGUUCACCCGCAGCUCGGACAUCAUCGUCCACCAGCGGACGCACACGGGGGAGAAACCCUUCGAGUGCCCCGAGUGCGGGAAGAGCUUCAGCCACGGCUCCAACCUUUUCCGGCACCAACGGAUGCACACGGGGGAGAAGCCCUACGAGUGCCCCGAGUGCGGGAAGAGCUUCGGGCAGAGCUCGGAGCUCAUCGUCCACCAGCGGACCCACACCGGGGAGAAGCCCUACCACUGCGCCGAGUGCGGGAAGUUCUUCCGCGGGAGGUCAACCCUCUUCAGGCACGAGCGGCUGCACACCGGGGAGAAACCCUACGGGUGCGGCGAGUGCGGGAAGAGCUUCGGGCAGAGCGGGGACCUCGUCGCCCACCGGCGCUUCCACACGGGCGAGAAGCCCUACCGGUGCCCCCAGUGCGGGAAGUCCUUCAGCAACAGAUCCAGCCUGGUGCGGCACCAGCGGCUCCACGCGGGCGAGAAGCCCUACAAGUGUCACGAGUGCGGGAGGAGCUUCGGGCAGAGCUCGGACCUCCUCGCCCACCGGCGGACCCACACCGGGGAGAAGCCCUACCCCUGCGCCGAGUGCGGGAAGAGCUUCGGCAGGAGGUCCAACCUCGUGGUUCAUCAACGGGCCCACGGAGGGAUGCGCGAGUGCCGGAAUUGCGGGAGGAGCUUCCGGCCCAACUCGCGUCUGGGGGUGGCGGUGGGGAAGGGCCCCCCCCAGUGCCCCCAGUGCGCAGAGGGUUCCCAGGACGGGGGCGGGGGAAGGGGGAAGGGGGGUGGGUUCGACCCCGCCGAACGCCAGAGAUGACACUGGGUUCGUCAGAACCGGGGCUGGGGACGGAGUUUUGGAGAGAGUCGAGACGCUCAACGUGAAAGAAAAAAAAAAAAUAAAUAAAUCAGCGCUUCUAGAUAAAAUUCUUCAGUUUGAAAGACUGAAAAACUGGGGAAAAAAAAAAACCCAACCCACCCCAUGCUAAUGAUCUAAAGUAGGCUGAUGGUAAAUAAUAUACUUCUUUUUUUUACAUUUUUUUUGCUGGUAAUUCCCUCUUCUUAUUGAGUUUCCUCAAAGGGCUUGAUGGGUUGGCCCACGUUCCACUUGCUCCCGUUGCUCCCCAGUCGCCCCAGCUGCUGUUUCGGGCUGGUCAUCGCUCCACCGUCUGUCCUUAAGGCCCUUCCUUAAAUCCUUCGGCCUUUUCCAGGCUGGGUAGUCCCCCCAGCACCCCGAAGAUAUUCUAGAAAUCUGCCUCCCCCUGCACACCCUUCCCUCCCCCUUGGCUGUAUGCAACCUCAAUAAAAAAAGGCCCUCUGCUCCCCAGGAAUUUCA